AUGCGCCUCCUCCUAGCUUCCCUGCGGUCGCACGCAGGUUCUAAUUUUUCAUCGGGGGCUACGGAAAAGCUCCUUUCGGUCAGCCAGCGCUUCAGCGGUGGUGGCGCCCGCCGUUUCGCCUCAAAGCCCGGCGCACCCUUUCAGCGGCUUGUCAAGACACUCCCGGGAACUCAGAAGGCGUACUAUGACCUGACGGCUCUAGGUGACCAUCGCUAUGAGACGUUGCCCUUCUCGGUUCGCGUUCUCCUGGAGUCUGCGUUGCGGAACUGUGACGGCUUUCGAGUGACGGAGGGCGAUGUGGAGACGAUCCUCGAGUGGUCAAAGACGAGCAAGCAGCAGAAGGAGAUCCCCUUCAUGCCCGCCCGUGUCCUUCUGCAGGACUUCACCGGCGUGCCUGCUGUGGUUGAUUUGGCUGCAAUGAGGGACGCAAUGGCGCGUCUGGGCGGUGAUCCUCGUCUGAUAAACCCGCUGGUCGAUGUGGACUUGGUGGUGGACCAUUCGGUGCAGGUAGACUACAGCCGAUCGGAGUCAGCGCUGCAGCGUAACUUAGAGAAAGAGAUGGAGAGAAACAAAGAACGUUUUGCCUUCCUCAAGUGGGGUAGCAAAGCCUUUAACAACAUGCGCAUCGUCCCCCCAGGCUCCGGAAUUGUACAUCAAGUGAAUCUGGAGUUCUUGGCUUCUGUCACGAUGGACAAGGGGGGCCUGCUUUACCCCGACUCUGUUGUGGGUACGGAUUCACACACCACCAUGGUGAACGGUCUAGGAGUGCUUGGCUGGGGCGUGGGCGGCAUAGAGGCAGAAGCUGUGAUGUUGGGGCAGCACAUAUCCAUGGUGCUGCCGGAGGUAGUAGGCGUACACCUGACGGGGAAUUUAAGCCAGAUGGCGACAGCCACUGAUCUCGUUCUCACCCUCACGCAAAUGCUGAGAAAAAGGGGCGUUGUUGGAAAAUUUGUGGAGUUUUUCGGCCCGGGACUUCAGGGUCUGACUCUUGCAGACAGAGCAACGGUUUCCAACAUGGCGCCUGAAUAUGGGGCAACUUGCGGCUUCUUUCCUGUGGACGAGCAGUCGUUGGCAUAUUUGCGGAUGACGGGUCGACCUGAGGAGCAGUUGCGUUUGAUCGAAGCUUACACAAAGGCAACGAAGCUAUUUUCUGACAUUCGUGAGAGCUCCAAGGUUCAGUUUACUGAGGUUCUGGAGCUUGAUCUGAGCACUGUGACCCCUAGCGUUGCGGGCCCGAAACGGCCGCAGGAUCUUGUACCAACGACACAGGUGCGAGAAGACUUCCGCACGUGCCUGGGAAGCCCUGUAGGCUUCAAGGGAUUCGGGCUUUCUCAGGAACAGCAGGCACGCUCUGUUAAGUUCAUCCAUAAGGGUAAGGAGUACGAGCUGCGCCACGGCUCGGUCUGCAUUGCCGCUAUCACGUCCUGCACCAACACCAGCAACCCCGGAGUGAUCUUCGCGGCAGGGUUACUGGCGCGGAAUGCCGUGGAAAAGGGACUACGGGUGGCGCCGUACAUUGUAACUUCUUUGUCUCCGGGCUCCAGAGCAGUAUCACAAUACCUGGAAAAAGCUGGACUGGAUAAGGCUCUGAAGGAGCUGGGCUUCUACCUAGCGGGUUAUGGCUGCAUGACUUGCAUUGGAAACACCGGAGAAUUUGACCCAGAAGUCACGCAGGCUAUUACCGAGGGGGACCUCGUUGUUGCUUCCGUUCUAUCGGGCAACCGAAACUUCGAAGGCAGGAUUCACCCCUUAACUCGCGCCGCUUAUCUUGCCUCUCCUCCGCUUGUCGUUGCCUACGCUUUGGCCGGUCGUAUGGACAUAGACUUCGAUACGGAGCCCAUAGGCAAUGACACAGAAGGAAAACCCGUCUUCCUUAGAGACAUUUGGCCCACUAGAGAUGAAAUAAGACCUGUGAUUGAGCGAUGCUUGGGCCCGGAGAUGUUCAAGAAAGUGUACAGCACCAUCACGCACGGAACUCCCGAGUGGCAGGCCCUGGAAACAUCUGACUCGCCCGUGUUGUAUCGGUGGCGGUCCGACUCAACUUACAUUCACAACCCUCCCUUCUUCCAGAAGAUGGAAAGGACGUUACCUGAAAUCCCUGACAUCCAGUCGGCAUAUUGUCUGCUGAGUUUGGGGGACUCAAUCACGACCGAUCACAUUUCUCCCGCAGGAAAUAUUGCAAAGGAUUCACCAGCUGCCAAGUACCUUAUGGGUCGUGGGGUGCUUCGCAAGGACUUCAACACUUACGGGUCUCGUCGUGGGAACGAUGAAGUCAUGGUGCGGGGCACGUUUGCAAACAUUCGGUUAGUGAACAAGAUGUGCCCAACUGCAGGUCCCAAAGCAGUGCAUGUGCCUUCGGGAGACGUUUUGCCUGUCUCAGAGGCGGCCGAGCGGUACCGCGCUGAGGGCUCACCAAUGAUCGUGCUGGCAGGCAAAGAAUACGGAAGCGGGAGCUCUCGUGACUGGGCUGCCAAGGGCCCGUAUUUGCAAGGGGUCAAGGCUGUGAUCGCUCAAUCCUUCGAGAGAAUUCACAGAAGCAACCUCGUGGGCAUGGGCAUUCUGCCUCUUCAGUUCUUGGAGGAAGAAUCCGCGGAGACCCACAAUCUCACUGGAAAAGAGCGCUUUACAAUCUCACUGAAUAAUGGAAAGCUUGUCCCUGGAUCCAUUAUUCGUGUAAAGACGGAUUGCGGGAAAUCCUUCGAGACCAGAUGCCGCAUUGACACAGAUGUUGAAGUGGAAUAUUUCAGAAACGGGGGGGCACUACAUUAUGUUCUGAGAAAUAUCCUCAACAGAAACAAGUCCUAG